AUGUCUGAAGCGGUCCUCCUUCCAGAACCUUCUGGAGAUGACACAAGUGCCAGGCAGAGGGCAAAGCUUCAACACAGCAGGACAAAGAGGGCUACUGAGAUACAAGGCACAAACUUCCUUUGCACGCAGCACAACGGCCUCUACAGUGUUUUUAAACAGGACGAGCGUGCGCGAGUCAUCGCGAUUUCCUCAGGACACCCCUGGAGGCGGGGCCGAGUGGGGCGACUCGGGGCACACGUGGGUGACUUGGGGCGCGGUGUCUGGCCCCGGCCGGGGCGUGGCGGCUCGGGAGGGACCCACCGCGCCGACCCCUGUUCGGGAAAGGGUGCCCUGCGGUGGGAGGCGCGGGGGUCCUCGCACUCUGUUGGGCUCCCUGUUCCCGACCCUCUGCCCCGCUCCUCGCUGUCGCCAGGGUGCCCCCCCUUGGUGGCCCGGCAGAGGGCGCCAGCGCCCGAUGGUCGUGCGGGCGGGCAGAGGGAGGGGACUCGCGCGAGCCUCCAGGUAAGGAGCGCAGUGAAUCACUCGGAGACCGGACCGCUCCUCCGAGAAAGGAGGCGGGGAGUGGCGGCGGCGCUGUGGAGGAGUCGGGCCGGCACCGUGGCGCUGUGGAAAAGUCAGGGUGGCGAACCGCUGUCGGCGGGAAGCGGUGAAUCUGCCCAGCGGAGGGCUGGGGAGCGCUCGGGAAGAGCUUUGAACAUGGAGGGGUACCCUCAGGGUCAGGAUUGGAGCAGGUUGGCUGUUGGAAGCAGUGGGAAAGGAUGUUUUCAGUCUGCCUUGAGCCAGAGCUGCAGGGAUAACAUCCAGGCGUGGUUUACUUUCCUGCUUUGUCCAUCUCCACCACUGAAUGUAAUGAAGGAAGAAGGAAGCUGGAGAGCCUUUUUGUGUAAAGGAUGUGCAGUGGGCAUCUAGACUAUGCCACUGUCAUAUAAAGGAUAUAUAGUUUAUUGUU